AUGUUCGAAAACAAGCAACGUAAUUGCUCUCAAUUGAUCUUCUCCACUAAUAACCGGAGUCGUGCGCCAAAUACUAAUUCUAGUAGUAUCUCUCAGCUACCUGCAGCUGGCGAUGAAUCUUAUGCCAAAGAUGAUGAUAAUUAUUAUGAAAUAAGUGACUUUGGUGCUCGUCGAAAAGAGUCUUCGUCUAAUUAUGCCAAACCGGAUGGUAAACAUUCGUCGUCGCCAGUUCGCCCUCCUGUUACGCAGCACCAGCGUCGCCAUCAUCCGCAUGUACCUACAGCAGCAGCAGCGGCUCAGCAAGAAUUUGUCCCAGCGUUUCCCGUAACCCAGCCACCAUUGCGUCCUCCAGGUUCGGCAAACUCUUCGCAAACAGGUGGUUAUUAUUCGUCUGGUUCAUCGUUGGGUGCACCAUCGUCUUACGCAUCGCACAACCAGUCAUCGUUACCACGCUCACCAGGUCACCGUGGCUCGUUGGUGGGCAAGCAUUCGAUGUCGUCACGUGCAGUAAGCUUCGAGGAUGAAGAUGAUGGUUUCUAUGAUAAUAUUCAAGUAGCUUUUUUUCAAACAAUGCAUUAA